GCUGAUCAUUUCAUCGACGACGACGACGACGAGGAGUUGCCAACUGCUCCUCCAUCGUCCCGUCAUCCUUCCGCCGCGAUGGCAGUCGUCAAUCUCGCAUCGACUCUACAGUCGAUUCCCCUCGCGACUCGCUGUCUCUCGCUCCUCGUUCUCUUCUUCUCCACCCUCAUCGCGGUGCUGCGCCUGACGCGUACAGAGGAGGGGCUGCACAUCAUCACAUGGAGUCGCACAGAUUCAGCCAUUGCCUUUCCCUGGCUGGUCAUCGUGCCUGGCGUCAGCUUCUGGUACCCAUGGAGCCUGAUCACCGCCGGCUUCUGCGAGACGAGCUUCCUCGAGUUCCUGGUGACGGCGCUGAGUCUGCCACUGGCAGGCCGCUACUUGGAGAGGAUAUGGGGGCCUGUUGAGUUGGUGAAGUUCACGCUCAUCGUCGUCGUGGGAUCGAAUGUGAUUGCUUGGUUCAUUGCAACGGUCUUGUUCGUCGUACUAAGAUCGGAGGCGGCCUUCUACGGUACCCAAUACCAUGGCCUCGAGGCUCUGCAGACUGGCUUCCUCGUCGCUUUGGCCCAACUCAUCCCCGACCACCAAAUCCAGCUCCUCCGCAAUCACCUCACCAUGCGCGUCCGAGACCUGCCCAUGCUCUACGUCACCUUCUCCAACGUGGCUUGUCUGCUCGGCUUUCCCUCCCCCUUCAUCCUCAUUCAGUUCGGCUGGCUCAUCUCAUGGGCCUACCUGCGCUUCUAUCGCUGGAAUCCGGAUAGCGGGACGAGGGGAGAUAGGAGCGAGGCCUUCAGCUUCGUUCUGUGGUUCCCGCCGUUUUUGCACACGCCGGUCACGCAUAUCAGCAACUUCCUGCACGGGCUGUUCUUGCGCUUCAAGGUCAUUCCAGAAUUCAAGUACGACUAUGUGUCAGCGAAUGACCUAGAGUUCGGCUUGGGCGGGGCAGGAGAGGGGGCGGGGUCUACGGCUGGCCAGGACAUGGUGGGCGGUGGGGCUGGCGGGCCAGUGAGCGCUCGCGCCGAGGCAGAGAGGAGACGAGCUAUGGCCCUGAAAGCGUUGGAUCAGAGAAUGGCCUCCAGUGGUAGUGGAAGCGGCAGCAGUCGCGGUGGAGCUGGGGCGCCACCGCCGAAUCAGGCUGCGACUGCGGCCGCUCGCUCGCAGGCGCCAGCAGAGGUGGUCUUCCAGGCGCCCACAGACGAGAGUGAGGCGGCGGGCAAGCCAGCCACGUCAUCAGCAGCGGGCAAGAGCAGGGCGAAGGUCGAGGCAGAGGAGGACGCGCAAUGGCCGGACAGUGAUGAGGACGAGGGCGAGGGUGGAGACAUUGGCGAUACGAAGAGGGCUGAAAAGGCAAAGCUGGUAGGCAAGUGA